ACGGGAAAGAGGAAGGUACGCGUCUGCAGCUGCUGUGUUUCGUCUCUAUAAAAUGCCAGGAAUGGAGGUGAAAUACAUCAGUAAAAUCGUCAUCGAUUUUGUAUUACUAUCGAUAGUGACAGGCUGCAUUUUUGUGGUGAAGAAAGUGUGGCCCCCCUUUCAAAGGGGAAUGUUUUGUGGUGACAAAUCAAUCAGCUACCCUUAUGUUGAUGAUUCAGAUGAAAAAGUGUCUGAUGCAGCCCUAUUGCUUAUUGGGGUUGUCAUGCCCAUGGGCCUGAUGUGCGUCUUAGAAUGGUUCCGUGUGCGUCGCGAAGCAGUUGGUAAGAAGGUGGUCAUGUGUGGCCGUGACCUCAACUCCUGGUUCUGGGCAGCCUACUCUGCAAUUGGACCAUUCCUCUUUGGCUGUGCAACUUCACAGCUCACCACUGACAUUGCCAAGUAUAGUGUUGGUCGCCUAAGGCCACAUUUUAUUGCAAUCUGCAAGCCAGAUUGGUCUAAGAUUAAUUGCUCUGAGCCGUUUCUGUAUGUAGACCCCAUUCCUUGCACAAGUGAUGAUGAUCACAGAAUGAAGGAAGCUCGGUUGUCCUUCCCCUCUGGGCAUGCGUCUUUCUCAGCAUAUACCAUGAUAUAUUUUGUGAUUUACCUUCAAGUUCGUUUCAAGUUCAAAACCCCCAAGUUGGUGCGGCCUUUCCUACAGUUCGUAUGCCUAAUGAUGACCUUCUACACAACUGUUUCACGUAUAUCUGACUAUAAGCACCACUGGUCGGAUGUUCUCUUUGGCUUUUUAGAGGGAGCUCUUGUUGCAGUUCUUGUUGCUCGCUUCGUAUCCGACUUGUUUCCUGAGGAACGGCACUCCACAGUCUCAAAGCGCCAGGUUGUUGCUUUACAGGAUUAUCAUGAUGGAGAAAAUGAAAAUAAUACAAUUCGCACUAAUUUAGGUGAAUGAAAUCAUCUUUGCACAAAAUGAAUUCAAAACCAUCGUACCACAAAAUACAGAAUGAAUACAUGUUCAUUCACCUAGAUAGUAGGUAAGACCAGUGUAAAAAGAGUGUUUUCCUAUUUUUGAAUAUUUUUACUUAUUAGGAAUUUUAAACCAGGUUUGAAGAAAUGCAUCUAAAGUCUGUUGAAAUAAUGUGAACACAUGCUGGUGCAUUUAAGGUGAGCUGCUGUUUAACAGUGCUUACUGCAUGGAAGUCAUUAAAUAGGAACAGGCACUGGCAGAUUGUGAUGCUUUUUAAACAUUUUGAAAAUACAUGAAGGUUUGGGUAAUUUCAUAUAUACUUAUUUAAUCAAGGAAGUACAACAGUUGGAGUACCUGAUAGCAAUUACUGUUUGCUGUUAAAUCUCCUGUACAUGUAUGUCACUGUAUUACAACUGUAUUAAAUUACAUUAAGGAUAAAUCUUCCUGUAAUGUACUCCAUCCAAUGAGGGUUUAUUUAUAUCAAAUUUAAGACCCUUUCUUUCUAGAAUGACAUCAAAAUAAAUGCUGGGUAAAUGCAUAUGAGCCUUUGAACAUCAAAUUUUUUGAUUAUUAAGUAAUGACAUUGUCUGAUUUUGAAUUUGCAUGAACAUGUACGUUUGUACAAGCAUUUGUGCAUUUGUGUAUGUGUCUAGUGUACUAGAUGCACUUUAUUCCAAACUUCAAUAUUUAUGUACAUAUUUAUGUACUCUUGUAGUAACAGUCCUUGACUGUUUUUAAAAGUGCAUACAUACAUUUGUGAAAUUGCACAUCUUUACCAAUUUCCAGUGGAUAGAUAUGUGGGAGAAUGCAUACAUGAUGGAUUAUAUGUUUGUUCUUAUGGCAAUUGCUUACUUGUUGUUACUGCUGGAUAUUAUACCACAUGUAAAGAAUGUUUGUUGUAUGGUUUAUCAUUCAUAGUUUUACCGAGUCCAAAGUAUGUGUAUAUUUGUGCACUAUCUUAUGAAAUAUCAAAAGGGAAACUGCUGUAACCUCCAUGUUUCUUAAAAUUUGCUUUUAAAGAAAGGUUUGCAAAAAAGUUCUUGCACUUUUGUGUAAAUUUUACAUGCGUGGAAGAGUUAAGCAGUGUGUUUGCAUUUGCAGCAGGUGGAGCAAAGAUCAAGUCCAUAAUAUCAAAAAUAUAACCCCUCUUAUCUGUGAGAUAUUUUCCAUGCACACAGUUUUACAGAUACAUAAUCAUUUGCAUUAAGCCUCACUUCAAAUGAUUAUGCUUGUGUAAAUUUGCGGGUGUAUUUUUCCAUAUGUCUUCUUGGAUAUUAUCUGUGUCUUCUAAAGCAUUGCAGGGUAACAUUUCUAUUCCUCAUAUUGUGAAUUGGUAUUAUAAAUGUGUGUGCAAAGGAAAUGCAUUAUGCAGAUAUGAAGUUGUCAGCAUUUUAUCAAUAGCAGCAGCAUUUAUGUUUGAAUUAGUAAUGAAUGCUGAAAAUGUGUACCUAUCUUUCAGAUGAUUGGUCUUAUUUUUUUUUUCACUCUCACUUUCCUUUCAUAUUCAGCCAUCAGUAUACAUUUAAACUGGUAUCUUGAAAAAAAUAUUAAUCCUGAAAGCUGCAUACUCUGGCGAUUAUCUGUAGGUAUUUUGUGUGCACAUUUUUUUUUUUUUUUUUUUUUUUUUUUUUUUUUUUUUUUUUUUUUUUUUUUUUUUUUUUUUUUUUUUUUUUUUUUUUUUUUUUUUUUUUUUUUUUUUUUUUUUUUUUUUUUUUUUUUUUUUUUUUUUUUUUUUUUUUUUUUUU